UGCUAAUGCUAACAGGUGGGCAUAUAGCAUGAGGCGGAUCUUAAUCAAGUAGAGAGUGACGACAUCAGCCAAUUAUAGGAAGGGGCGUCAUUUUCCAGCUCAUUAAACGUCAUCAGCUGCACAGGUGAGUCUGACGGAGGUGAAUGGCGGUAGCUCGGGAAGCUAACGCUAGCUUACCUGUUGGCACCGUAGCUCCUGGACCUGGACAUUAGCCACUAGUUAAGAGAGUUUCUGCUGAAACCGUCGUCGUUAAAGCCGCCAUGUCAGAGAAGGCUCCCCUCCUACAUUACCGACUCACCACCAGUGAUGCUGAGCCGACAGAUGGUUCCAAACGCGGCAGAGCCAAGGUGUGCAGGGACGGCCGAGGGUCCGGGGAGAAACCCGCCCGAAAGCUCGGUGUGGUGUUCGGAGUGGUUACACCGACUCUGUUGUCCAUGUUCAGCGUCGUCGUGUUCCUGCGAAUAGGAUUUGUCGUGGGACAAGCAGGGCUCUAUCAGUCUAUUGCCAUGUUCCUGGUGGCCUACGUUAUUAUCACAAUGACUGUGCUCUCUGUGUGCGCCAUCUCCACCAAUGGGGCUUUGGAUGCUGGAGGUGCAUACUAUAUGAUCAGCCGAGCUCUGGGUCCCGAGUUCGGUGGCAGCAUCGGGAUCAUGUUCUUCUUUGCCAACGUGUGUGGCAGUGCUCUCUAUGUGUUAGGUCUGGUUGAGGCUAUUAUGUCUGUCUUUGGCAUCCCAGAAGAGGGGGGUGCAGCUUCUGCAGGUCCACUUCAGGUGCUACCUUCAGGAUACUUGUGGUCUGUGCUUUAUGGCACUGGCCUGCUCUUCUUGUGUUUCCUUGUCUGCUUGGUGGGAGCCCACAUCUAUGCCAAAGCCGCCUUUAUAAUAUUCAUCAUAGUCACAACAGUGCUUGUGUCCGUUUUCAUCAGUUUCUUCAUUGUUAGGCCUGUUGGGGUGGUUUUGCCAUCUGUUAACAGCACCAGCCUGACCAUAGCCAAUUUUACUGGUUUCCGACUCCACACCUUGCAGAGUAACCUCUUGCCCAAUUACACAGUGGACUACACCACCGGUGCCAUGAUGAAUUUUGCCACAGUGUUUGCUGUCAUGUUCAAUGGUUGCACUGGAAUAAUGGCAGGCUCCAACAUGUCGGGUGACUUGAAAAACCCCAGCUAUUCUAUCCCGAGAGGAACAAUUGCAGCUGUCCUCAUAACGUUCAUCACAUACAAUCUGCUGAGUCUUCUGGCUGCUUGGUCCUGUGACCGCUGCCUGCUCCAAAAAAACUACAGUUUUAUGGGAGACAUCAAUAUAUGGCCUCCCAUGGUGACCAUUGGUGUUUACUCCUCCACUAUAUCUGCUGCCAUGAGUAAUUUGAUCGGCGCUUCCAGGAUCCUUUAUGCUUUGUCCAAAGACAACCUGUUUGGGGGCCUCCUGGUUCUGACGAGGAAAACAUCUCGGAGUGGGAACCCCUGGGCAUCGGUGCUUGUGUCCUGGUUGCUUGUACAGGUGGUGCUGUUUGCGGGGAAAUUGAACACCAUAGCUGGUAUUGUAACCAUCUUCUUCUUGUUGGUCUAUGCUGCCGUGAACCUGGCCUGUUUGGCUCUUGAAUGGGCUUCUGCACCAAACUUCAGACCCUCAUUCCGUUGUUUUACCUGGCACACCUGCACACUGGGCAUCAUUGGCUGCUUGGUCAUGAUGUUUCUGAUCAGUGCCAUUUAUGCCUUUGCCAGCAUAGCCUUUAUGCUGCUGCUCUUGAUGCUGAUCCACUACUUUGGUCCCAUCAGCAACUGGGGAUACAUCAGCCAGGCUCUCAUCUUCCACCAGGUUCACAGUCACAAACCAAUCUUCCGUCUCACAACAACAACAUUAAUAGGGGUAACAGCACCUCUCUCUUUCUCGUCCCAUCUCUGUUUGAUUCAGGUGCGUAAGUACCUGUUGAUGUUGGACGUGCGUAAAGACCACGUGAAGUUCUGGAGGCCCCAGGUGCUUCUGAUGGUGGCAAACCCUCGCAGCUCUACGGGUCUUAUGACAUUCAUUAAUGACUUGAAGAAGAGUGGCCUCUAUGUAUUGGGACAUGUAAAGCUGGGUUUACUAGACGGGCUGCCCUCUGAUCCUUUGCAAAGCUGUUAUGAAUCCUGGCUGUCUCUAGUAGAUCAUCUAAACAUUAAGGCAUUUGUCAACCUCACCCUGGCGGACUCUGUCCGACACGGAGUUCAGAACCUGCUUUUCAUUACAGGAUUUGGUGGAAUGCGGCCAAACACCAUUGUCUUGGGUUUCUAUGAUGACUGCAGCCCACAAGACAACCUGCAAGGUAAAAUUCUUGUGUCUACAGGCUACGGUUUGGAUACUGUCUGUCUAACCAAAGACCCGACGGAGCAUCGGUCCCCUUUCUUCCCCAGUGUGCGUGGCACAGAGGAAGACAAAGAUCUUCAGGAAGAGGAAUACGUGUCACUGAUUGCUGACGCUGUUAAAAUGGGGAAGAAUGUGACACUGGCUCGCUACUUUGAUCAGUUCAACCGGGAGGAGGUCUUGGGUUCUGGACGAAAGACUGCAGGCAAGCAAAGCAUGACUGGGCCCUUUGUCGAUGUGUGGCCUCUGAAUCUGCUUCAACCAGACAGCCAUGGCUACGUUGACACCUGCUCGCUGUUCCUCCUGCAGCUGGCUUGUGUGCUGCAAGAGACUCGCACCUGGAAUCAGGCCAGACUCCGCCUCUUCCUGUGCGUUGAGGCUGGUUGCAGUAUGCAGGAAGAGGAGGAGACUAAGCUCAGGGUGAUGCUAAAGAAGCUAAGAAUCUCAGCUCAGGUGCAGAUGGUGACUUGGGACGAGGUGGUGGCGCUGCACUGGCAGAGACAAGGAGGGCGGGAGACAGGGAAUCUGCCAGAGUGUGCGCAGAGUGAGGAGAUGAUGGAGCAAGAAGAAAGGGCUCAAAAGGAAGAUGGCAAUGAAAUGUUCCCCAAUAAUGCGGCUCAGCUCACAGAAGAAUACAUCUGUGCUGUCAACAAUCUGAUUCUCCGACACGGAGCCCCUAGACCUGCUGUGCGUUUCCUGUAUUUGCCACGCCCACCUGCAGACAUAAACCGUUACCGUGCCUACCUGCACCAGGUGGACCUGUUGAGUCGAGACCUCGGCCCAACAUUGCUCAUUCAUGGAGUCACUCCUGUCGUCACUACUGAUCUUUAGAUUUUUACUGUCACCUCCAUCUCUUAUCUUGAUCCUGCAUCGUUCCUCCAUGGAAUGGCUUUUUGCCACCAAUUCAUUCACCAGAUAUUUAAGCCAGCAACUACAGAUUUGAAAUGGAGAUCACAAACCCAAAAAGCACUUAUACUGAUAAUAUUUUCCCUUACUGCAAUAUCGGGCCACAACGUGGAUGUGCGGAGUUUACUUCUGUGAUUACUAUGUAUAAAGGUUUUGCACUUUUUGCAGAGUGAAAGGAGGAAAAGUUCUUUAAAUUCCUUCCCUCCCUGAAGUAUUAGUCCUGUGCUCUUGUUUCUCUCCUUGUACAGUUUAAACAUGGGAGCCGAGCUUUGUUUGUUUUGUAUGUUUGUUUAUUAGAAAAUAAAUUGACUGAAUUCUUGUAUUA